GACAAUUUUGAAGUUAAACUUUAAUAAAUUUAAUAACCUCUAAACGAAGAAAUAUUUUCAAACAGCUGAAUAUUUUAAAUAAAAGAUGUCUAACUUUAAUUAACUAGUGCUAUUUCAAAAAUUAAAACUAAUCGAGAGUUCGACAGUAAAUAGUAAGCCAUCAUGGCUUUAAUGAAAGGUUCUCAAAUUCCCAAAGAUGCUGUUGUACUCAAUGAAAUUGAAGCUACAGGCUAUAUAUGGGACGUUAUAUCGAAAUGGGAUUCCUUAAAAGAGACUUGGGCAUUACGUUAUGGUCCCAUGGUCUUAGGAGCAAUUAAUUCAAUAAGUGGUAUCAUGAUAAAUAGACACUAUAGAUGGAGGUUUAAACUUGGAAGUUAUGGUCAUUUUUCAUCAGGUAUUCCUCUUGUAGUGAUGCCUGGUUUGCUCACAAUUGCAUUUCAUAAACAUAUUAUUGGAACAGACAUGCUUCUGAUGAAGAGUGACCUGUGUCCCAUUUGCUAUGAAGUAAAGUCAACAGCUUUACAAAUGUCUUUAGGCUUAUUAUAUCCUAUGAUAUUGGCACCUACUUCUGCAUUAAUGCUUGCUAACAGAUAUUCAACAUACAGAGUGCCUCACCUAUUUGAAGGACCAAAAGUUAUGUUGGGGUUUUUGAAGAAGCAUACAAAAUCUUUUACUGGUACUUUAAGUUAUAUUGCUCUGAUACAAAUGGCUGCCUCUGCCUUUAUCACAUAUUUUGAAAUGAAAAAUACGCUUUCUUUAAGACACAAAAUGUUGGAGAUGGAAAAAGAAUAUGAAAAGGAGAAGCAGAAGUAAUAGAAGAUUGAGAAGUUAUGUUGUUUGUAAAUAUAGUUGUUAGCCAAUAAA